AUGGAGGUCGCGACGGCGCCGGCGGCGAGCGGCGGGGCGACGCGGCGGAGCCACCCGUUCCCGUGGCUAGACGUGGCCAUGUCGGAGCCCUUCUACUUCCUCCACCUCCUCGCCUUCUUCUCCUACUUCGCGGCCCGCAGCGCGGCCGCCUCCGCCGACGACGGCGGGGAACUCCACGGCAGCCUCCUCCACCGGGAGAUCCAGGCGGUGCUCGUGUUCCUCGUGCUCUUCUCAGUGAAGGUUGUGAAAGAGGAAAACUGGGAAACAUUCAUCGCUGAUUCGUUGCUUUAUGCAAAGGGCUUAUUGUUGGCAGUUACGUUGGUUAUCGAUUAUUGGUUGGCCCUCUGCUACUUUCUGGGUUUUGCGGUUAUAUAUGCUGUAGCUCAACAGCCGCCUUAUGACGGUCUAGGCCAUUCAAAUCACUUGACCCCAUUGCAACUGGAAAGCCUGCUAACUGAAGAACAUACAUCACAAUUUUGGCUGGUUGAAUUCCGAACUUCAUUUUUAGCAACAUGCAUACAAGCUAGUAGUGUUCUGCCUGAACUCUCUAAUACAUACUCCAACAAGAACAUCUCUUUCGGAUUAAUUGACCUUGGGCAUUUCCCAAAUGCUGCAGCAAAGUUUGGGAUAUCCAUGUGGGAUCAUCUUCCCACUUAUAUAUUGUUUGACAAGGCGACUGAAGUUGCUCGGUUCCCGGGAAUCACAAGUGAAUCAAAAAUAUUUGUGCCAAAAGUUACUAAGGUUAUUAUCACUUGUUAUUCUUAUGGUCUUCAUAUUUCCCUUUUUUUAUGAAUCAACUUGCAUAAUUUCACAUAGCUUUGGAAUUUUGUCGUUUUGAUCAACAUGCUCUUGA